UCCCUGUGCCCCGGCUCGGUGACAGCUCCGAGUGUGCGGGCAGCUCAGGACUUCGGAACUAGGCGAGGUGAGCCCAGAACCAAAAGCCAAGAAGCCCCUUCCGGCUGAAAGUCCCUAAUGCAGGAGCUGGCCCCUCCGUCGGCUGGAGCUUCUCGGCCUGGCCCUCUGCUGUCCUCCCUGACCUGUGAGCCUCGGGGCCUCCGCUCCUUGGGCUGUGGGAGUUCGGUCCAACCCGCCUCUGUCCCGUUUUGAUGCAGAAAACCUUCCUUGAUUUCACGGCUGCUACAACUGAUGCAAGGCUUCAGGAUAGACCGUUAGCCAAAAACAAAACCGGCGGGGGGAUCGGAGAGCGGAACUGAGUUUUAUAGAAAUCCUGUCAAAGAAUAUGAAGAAAAACAGAGAAAGAUUCUGCGACAGAGAGAGGGAAUUUGUGUAUACAUUCAAGGUGGGAAGUCAGUGCUUAGAACUGAGGGUACCCCUCAAAUUUCCUCUGCAAGAGAAUGCCAGUCAUUUGCAUGGACGUCUGAUGCUGCUGCACAGUUUACCAUGCUUCAUAGAGAAUGACUUAAAAGAAGCUCUGAGCCGGUUUGUAGAAGAAGAAUCUCUCAGAGAUUAUGAUAGAGAUGCCGAAGCCUCUUUAGAAGCUGUGAAAUCAGGUGAAGUAGAUUUACAUCAACUGGCAAGUACAUGGGCCAAAGCUUAUGCUGAGACCACAUUAGAGCAUGCAAGGCCUGAAGAGCCCAGCUGGGAUGAAGAUUUUGCAGAUGUGUACCAUGACCUAAUCCAUUCUCCUGCCUCUGAAACCCUCCUAAAUUUGGAACAUAAUUAUUUUGUUAGUAUCUCAGAACUGAUUGGCGAAAGAGAUGUGGAGUUGAAAAAAUUACGAGAGAGACAGGGUAUUGAAAUGGAAAAAGUGAUGCAGGAAUUGGGAAAGUCACUGACAGAUCAAGAUGUAAAUUCACUGGCUGCUCAGCAUUUUGAAUCCCAGCAAGACUUAGAGAAUAAAUGGGCAAAUGAGUUAAAACAAUCAACUGCCAUCCAAAAGCAAGAGUAUCAAGAAUGGGUGAUAAAACUUCAUCAAGACCUAAAAAACCCGAACAACAGUUCCCUCAGUGAGGAAAUUAAAGUUCAGCCAAGUCAGUUCAGAGAAUCUGUAGAAGCAACUGGAAGGAUUUAUGAGGAACACAGAAAGUUAGAAGAAAGUUUUACCAUUCACUUAGGAGCCCAGUUGAAGACCAUGCAUAAUUUGAGAUUGUUGAGAGCAGAUAUGCUGGACUUCUGUAAACAUAGAAGAAAUCAUCGAAGUGGUGUGAAACUCCAUCGGCUCCAGACAGCUCUGUCACUUUAUUCCACAUCUCUCUGUGGCCUGGUUUUACUGGUAGAUAAUCGAAUUAAUUCAUAUAGUGGUAUUAAAAGAGACUUUGCCACAGUUUGCCAAGAAUGCACUGACUUCCAUUUUCCCCGAAUUGAAGAGCAACUGGAAGUUGUCCAACAAGUGGUGCUUUACGCUAGAACCCAGCGCAGGAGUAAGCUGAAAGAAUCAUACGAUACUGGAAACCAAAAUGGAGAAAGUGAUGACAAGACUAAGAAUGCUGAGAGAAGCUACUUAAAUAUUUUACCUGGAGAGUUUUACAUUACACGGCACUCUAAUCUCUCAGAAAUCCAUGUUGUUUUCCAUCUUUGUGUGGAUGACAAUGUGAAAUCAGGAAAUAUCACUGCUCGUGAUCCUGCCAUUAUGGGACUCCGAAAUAUACUCAAGGUCUGCUGUACCCACGACAUCACAACAAUAAGCAUUCCUCUCUUGCUGGUGCAUGAUAUGUCGGAGGAAAUGACUAUACCCUGGUGCUUAAGGAGAGCAGAACUGGUGUUUAAGUGUGUCAAAGGCUUCAUGAUGGAAAUGGCUUCAUGGGAUGGAGGAAUUUCUAGGACGGUGCAAUUUCUGAGUAUUUCUGAAGAAAUGUUUUAUCAGCUUAGUAACAUGCUCCCCCAGAUCUUCCGAGUGUCAUCAACACUUACUCUGACAUCCAAGCACUGAACCCUUAUAGAAUGACAUGCUUGCAGAAGAGGAUUGUUUAGCUCUCCAGGAACUUCAGCUAUGCUGGGAUUCUUCAAGCAAAAGAUGCACAGAAAGAGAACCUGCAACCCAAGCCACAAAUCAAAUCAUGAUAUGUGUCUGUUAGACAUUCCAAAAAUUUAUGUACUGCACAGACUAGUGAUGAGUCCUGGCUUAAGCAUUUGUUCUUAAAGUCUCUUUAACAAAGAAUAUCUCUUUUUUUCUACUGUUAUGUCCUCCUAUCUGUGAAUAUUAGUAAGUUAAGACUUCCUAUUUAUCAUACAUGGACUCUUGCUAUAGAAGACCGUUCACUACAUUUUCAUGGAUACAUUUGACUUUUUCAGAAGUCUUAAAUCGUGUCAAGUGCAAGCCUUAAUUAAGCAUACAAAUAAAAUCUUUCUUCUACUUUA